AUGGUGGUGAAGAUUAGAGAAUUGAACGAAAACAACACUUUCCAGCCGAACAUAUCGGCAUCGUCGUCACAACAAGAGCAGUGCUUCACGCCAACAUCUACACUCACCAGUCAAGGAUCGGCUAGUAACUACGAUAGCCAAACUCCAACUGCAGGAUCACCUCAAACCAACCCACCACUCUAUGCUCGAACAAAUUCUGAUGGUAGUGGUGUAUAUGGAACAUUGGGCGAUGAUUCUGCCUUCAACAAUCGUACGCUUCAAAAGCCAUUAAGAGUGAUUUCCACUGGAUCAACCACCUUGCGUCAUACUGUGAAAGCAGGCGGCCCGCGAAAUGAGGAUUGUGCCAAUUUCGGUGUUGCUUCAUCAAAUGGUAGUUCUGAAGUUAACAAGAAUAGCAAUGAUUUUGCAACCAGUAUUGUAUGA